AUGUUGAAGUACCAGGUGGUAGCUGGUAGGGCAAAGCAAUAUCAAGACAAGUCAAAGAGUUUGAAUGAAAUGCAGAUAAAGGAAGACGGAGGGUCGCCGAAAAGUCUGGAAAGCGGGAGGGAUGGGACGAAAAAGAGCCAGGCAGCCAAGCAGAAAGGAGAGGAUUGCAAGGCAUCAAGUAGAAGGAAGAAGAUGACAAAGCGUUUCUCCGUCGAAACUUUGAGGCAAGGUGUUUACGACAAUGAUUUCAUCGGCCACGCGAGUAGGACAGGGCAAGGCACAGUUAGGCAGAAAAGAGUUCUAGAAACGACACAGCAUCUUGAACAAUUGGAACAAGUGCUGUGGGGGUCUCGAACGGCCGAGCGGACUGCCCACCUAAUUUUUUGUGCGGUUAAGCUGAAAGGGGAAGGGCCGAAGGGAACUGGAAGGGACACAAAAUUGAAAAUGAGAAUUUUUAUUCGAUAG